UGAUAAUUGACUUUUAAAUAUACGUAUAUAUAUUAUUUCAUCGUUUAUUAUUAUCUGCAUUUAUUCAUUUUAAUUAAAUCAACAUAACAGGACUACUUUUGAUGAAUAAUUAGUGCUGAACAUUCUAUAAGCCGAUUGAUUUUAAUACUUGUAAAUAUUUUAACUUUUUUCCAUAAACAAAAUAUUGUUUACCAGCCAUUGAAUGUCCCUUCAUUUUCCAAAUGUACCAUAGUAAUGCCUCGCUUAGCUGAAGGUGUCUGUUCAAAAUUAACUUCUGCAGUCAUUGCUCGGUGUAAAACCUCGAAAAUUUUUACUGUAGAUGAUUUCAUUUUUCAGGACCCUGAAUCAUUAUCAAAAGAUAUAAGUACACCUUAUAAAGAUGUUUUACUCAUUCGUGAUGCCCUUCUGCUAAAAUUUGCUCCAGUUUUGAGAAGAGCUGACAGUUUACUCUGUGAGGUGCUGGAUACACUAGCUAUUUUUGAAACUGGGAGUAAAAGAAUCAAUAAUGCUUUACAAGGUGGAGUGUAUACUGGUGAAGUUACUGAAAUACAUGGCCCACCUGGCUCUGGAAAAACACAGUUCUGCUUGGAUGUAAUUUCUAACUUGCUUAUUGAAACUUCCUGUACUGUGCUGUAUAUGGAUUCAAACUGUACCUUUUCAGCUGGAAGAGUUGAAGAAAUUCUACUGCAAAAAUCAGAUGGAUGCACUGUAUUAAAUGAAAAACUUCAAAGGAUAAAAGUUAUAAAUAUGUAUGAUGUUUAUAAUUUCCUUGAUAUUCUAUAUUAUGUCGAAAAAGAGCUCCAGAAGAAGGAAAACUUCUACUAUAAGAACUUGAAACUUGUAAUUAUUGACUCCAUUACCCAUAUACUUGCACCAUGUUUUGGAGGAUCCUUUUUGGAUGGAGGAGGAAUGAUAAGCAUUGUUUCAGAACUGUUUAAUAUAAUUUGCUCCAAAUAUACCUUGUCCAUAAUGGUUUGCAAUAAUACUGUCCAAAGUAAUGGUUUCAUAAUAAAGCCCGCUUUAGGAGCAUCUUGGAAGCAUGUGCCAUCAGUCUCACUUUGUAUCCAAAACAUAAGUGAUACAGAGAGGCGUAAAUUGAGUGCUGUAAAAAGCUGUAGAACUGGACUUUUUAAGGAUGUUCCAUUUUGUAUUGGAAAAUGUGGAAUAAGUAAUUAAUACUUAAGCAUGCAGAACUAUUCUCCAUCAAAAUUUUUUUAGCUAUCAAUUGAUGUAUUUUUAUUUUAUUUAUAAAUUGCUUCUGUGCAUCUGUUAUGUGUAUUGAUAUUUUAUGAAUAAUAAAAGCUUUUG